ACUCUCGCGUCCGAGGUGCCCGGGAUGUGGGAGACCACCCACCCAUCGUGCCACUGCGGUCACCGGAACGGGGUGAGAUCUAUGGGCAGCAGAAGCGAAUCUACGACUACGUGUGCCAACACUUCGUGGCGUCCUGGCUGAGUGAUGUGACGUUGCAACGCUAUGAGGCCACCUUGGAGGUCGCUGGUUUCCGGUUCCAGCUGUUGCUGCGUCAACGGAGAGAUCCCGAUCCGGGCUGGCUGCGGGCUAUGCCCUGGCGCAUCGGCGAGCUCUCCCUGGACCUCACCGGCCUGGAGCGCCUCACCGCGCUGCUGCGACGCCUGGACGGCCGCCCGGUCGCCUGGCGCCCGACGGCCGCGGCGCUGCGGCAGCGCUGGACGGAGGCGCCGAAGCCGUUGACGGAGGCGGAGCUGGUGGAGCUGAUGGACCAACAUGGCAUCGGCACCGAUGCUUCCAUCCCUCAGCACAUUCAGACCAUCCAGGAUCGUCGCUACGUCCAGCUGGUCGACGGCCAAGGGCAGCCCAUCGUUGCAACGCAUCGGGGUGGCCCCCAGGGCCCCAAGGGCCCCAAGGGCCAACGUGCACCGAAACGAGCACCGGGCAGAUUCUUGGUGCCCACUGCGAGAGGUCUAGCGUUGGUGAGAGGUCUCUCCACCUGCGACGCCACUCUCUGUGAGCCGGAAGUUCGCGCCCUCAUCGAGCGCGAGUGCGCCAUGGUCGCCACUGCCGAGCUGACAUCAGCGGAGGUCCUGCGGCGCAAUGUGGCGCUAUUCCAGGGGAAGUUUCAGCGCGUGGCUGGAGCCAUGAAUGAAGUGCGCAGCUUCUUCGAAACCGCGCCUAACGCCCAAAGCGGCGAAGCAAAGAACGCGGCGAAAGUCAUGGCAGCUGGGGAUGGUGGAAGCAGGGAUAUGAUAAACGAAAAUCAUGUGAUGGCGAUGCUGUUUUUAUUGUUCCGUAUUGUUGUUUUUUGA